UCGUUGGAGAGUAGCAAAAAGGUACAGAGAACUGUUUUUGCUGGCCCUGGUGGUUGGUUCGGGCACUGUAACGCAGGCUGGUGUGUGAAAUCCUUAAGUGAGUCGCAUGGCACCAGCGAGGUCUUUCCAAAUGCAAGAGGACAACUUUAUUCAGAAAUGAAGGCAGAAAACAUCCAGGACUUUCUGCGCUCUUUCACUAGAUUCCCACAUGUGGCUGGAACAGAGCAGAACCUUCACUUGGCAAAGCAAAUCCAAAGUCAGUGGAAGGCAUUUGGCUUGGAUACAUCAGAACUGGUUCACUAUGACGUCCUUCUCUCUUACCCAAAUCAAAGCUCUCCCAACUAUAUCUCAAUUACCGAUGAUGGUGGAAAAGAGAUUUUCAACACAUCACUAUUUGAGCUCCCUCCUGGAGGUUAUGGAAAUAUUUCUGGAGUGCUGCCUCCUUAUAAUGCUUUCUCGGCGCAGGGUGAGCCACUGGGAGAUCUGGUGUAUGUCAAUUAUGGACGCACUGAAGACUUUCUCAAGUUAGAGCGAAAAAUGGGAAUUAAUUGUACAGGAAAGAUUCUCAUUGCCCGAUAUGGAAAAAUAUUCAGAGGAAACAAAGUUAAAAAUGCCAUGUUGGCAGGAGCAAAAGGAAUUAUCCUCUACUCUGAUCCUGCAGAUUAUUGUGCACCUGGAGUCAAACCCUACCCAGAUGGGUGGAAUCUUCCUGGACAGGGAGUCCAGCGUGGAAAUGUGUUAAAUCUAAAUGGUGCAGGAGAUCCUCUUACUCCAGGCUACCCAGCCAAAGACUACAUGUUCAGACUUGAGGUUAGUGAUGGAGUGGGAAUUCCCACCAUUCCAGUACACCCCAUUGGCUACCACGAUGCUGAAGUUUUAUUACGGUUCAUGGGGGGCCCUGCAGCUCCAGAUAAGAGUUGGAAAGGAAAUCUCAACGUAUCCUAUAACGUUGGGCCUGGAUUCUUAGAACGCUACUCCACAAGGAAAGUUAGGAUGCAUGUUCAUACCACCAGUCAAAUUAGACGGAUAUAUAAUGUGAUUGGAAGCAUCAAAGGAGCAGUAGAGCCUGGUAAGCUUUGUUUGAAACAAGAAUGGGCAGGUUUUUG